AUGGCACCUAACAAGAGAGCAGGGAAGCAAAAGACUGCUCAUUUUGAUGAUAAAAAGAAUGACCCCCCCCCUUCGCCUUUCAAGCGACCCCCUGAGGUCCUGGGGCCUUUUAUCGAAUCUUUGGAUAAGAAGCAUGUCUAUAUCACACACAUCGACAACAAGCCCGCAGCCUUCAAACGAAAGAUCUUUCUCGUGCCCGUUGGUAUGAACGUGGUUGUUGUACUGCUCUUUAUUCUACGUAUGUGGUGGAUUGUCCCCUGGUACUGGCAACUCAUGAUGACCGGUCUUGGUCAUGAAAACGAAACAACCUGGAACACCACAGACUCAACAUGGUCCGAAAUUGCUUGGGAAAUCGGAAAACGUACCGGGACUAUGAUCAUUGACUUCGCCCUGUUCAUCUUCGUCUGGCCGUGGCCUGUGGAAUUUGUCGCUGGCCAAGCUCGUGGCAACCCUUGUCAAUGGCGAUGGCAAGUUGGUUUUCGUGAACAGGAGAUCUACGUACGUCGAAGCCGAGGAUGGGACCAGGCUCUCACAGACAUCCUGUCGGAUAAGGACUCUAACAAGAUUCUACUUACUUACGUGGAUCUCGCAACCUCCCCUAUUCUCCAGGAGCAGAAGACUGGAUAUCUCCUGAUGAACGCUUACUGGGAUCUUGACUGGGCACGCAUGGUAUAUGCGCACCGUCUUGUCGACAAAAAGGAAAUUGCUCUCGAGGCCUUCAAGAAUGUUGUUCUUGUUCACCAUGCGGAAUACGGUUGGAUAUGCUAUGAUGUGCGCGGCACUACUACUUCCGGAGAGGACGAGCGACGACGCCAAGUCUUUGCUUUUCGGGAUGCACUCACAGAGCUCGGAAAGGAAAAUUUGUUCUACCGUUGGGUUGAGAUUGUUCAGUUUGAAGCUACGCAGCCUGGCGGGUUUGGUCCCAAGGAACAAGAGGUGGCAGCCAAGAGGAUCCGAGAGUUAUUCGAGAACGACGGGAUCAACUUUGAUGAGCUUUGGAAAAAGAGUGUUGGCUCCAUGCCGUCAUAA